UUUUUAGCAUGCCCAGUCGUAUUGUUUACUAUGCUGUCGUGUACUGUAAACAUUAUAGAAAACACUGAAAUAAUUCCUUAGAAUUAUCAACGAUUAGUUUUGUGGAAAGCAAAUUUUCCUUAUUACAAGGAACAAAAUGCAAACUGUUUGUUGCGGAUGUUUCGAAACACUUUCAGACAACGAACGGAAGAACGUAUUCGACGAAACGUUAUGGAUUUCUGUAGAUGAUUGCGUCGAAAAUGGUAUUAAAACCAAUGAAACUAAGAAACAACUGAAAUUAAGUCGUAGCAUCGAAUUAAUUACAGGUGAAAAAAUUGCGCAGUCUGACAAGAAAUCUGUUAACUUGUGUAACAAAUGUUUCCAGAAUGUACAAUUGUAUAUAAAUUUGCGAUCCCGACUGCUUUAUUCGUUACGCUCGCUAAACGAUAGGUCUGAUUCGAUUAACGAAGAUGAAUUCGGUUUAAGUAUAGAACGUACAAAGGUAUCUCAGAACGAAAAGGAUAAUCAAUUAAAGGAAAAUGUGAAUUCGAUCAGCGAUAAAGUAUCGAACAACAGAAUUAUAAUUGAAGAUGUGAUUAACGUCGAUGAGACAAGCAUGCCUUUAGAUUUUAAUUCGCAGUUAUUCGAUCAAGAAACUGAGAUUGAACUGCAAAAUGAUCAAGAGAACGAUACAUUGACUGAUUUGGAGAACUCUAACACUGAUUCAAACCCUUCCAUAUCCAAGGAGAUGAUUUUAAAAAUUCAGGAUAACGACAUAGAAUCGGAGAUAGAUGUAUGCUCUGGAGAGGACGAGGAAGUAUUAGAAUUAGAUCAUCAAUGCGAAAGAACCAAUAUUGUGGAAAUUAGCACUUCUUCCGAAUCUGAUAUAGAAGUCUGCGAUUAUGAACCGAUCGGAAAGAGAAUGAAAAAUUAUCACGCAUUUUCGCCUCGUUUGCUUUAUUAAUUUUUCCUCCUUCGAUCUUUAUGAUCUCUAUUGAUCUUAUGUAAAAUAAGGACACGUUAUUUGGUACAAAUUUCCACGUUUGAUGUACGAUAUUAAAAAUACUGUACAGUUCAAAA